ACAAGCAAUCAUUUUGCCAUACGACAGCAAAAAAAUGAUCAGCUGAUUUCUAGUUAGACAGCGAAAGCUAUGUUUCUAACGUCACCGUGAAAACGUACCUUGAUUAUUUAACGCGGCUGAAGUUAGAUUAACAACUUCAAUGCGGUGUUAAAAUUUGUAUGUAAGUGAGAGACCACUUAACCUGAUGUUUUGGUAUAUUACAAGAGAAAAUUGCAAUCUCUGCAACAGACAGGGUAUUUUAAAUUUAAUGUUCGGUAAAAGAAAGAAGGUUCGUUAAAUGUGCGCUGCGAAUUCACCAUGUCGAUCACCACCGCGAUCUGGAUCCCCUAGUAAAGGCAACCCGGACUAUAGGUUCCCUCAACAGCAACCACCGCAACCUCCUCCUCCUCCCCCUUAUGUGUAUUACCCUCCACCUUACCAUCCAUACAAUCCUUACGCACCUUAUCACCCAGGGGCAUUUUACUCGUCACCCUACUGUAACGAUGUAACACAAGAAUCAAAGGGUUUAUCCUGGAUCAGUAUAUUCUUAAUCAUUUUUCUGCUGUUGGGCAUCGUUAGCGUUGUAUUUUAUCUAUCCCGUGAUACUCGACGAAGAAUAAACGCUGGAUUGCCCACCUUAAUACAGCCAGCACAGGAUUAUAAUCGUGGGGAGAGAGUUCUUUAAACCAUAUUCGCGUGUUGCUGACCACGCAGCCGCUAAAAAAAGGUGAUCUUUCUGAACCUGUAGACCACGAGGAGAAAAAGGGAUGCGAAACAAAAUUAUCCAGCUG